AGAAACAGAAAUCUAUAGAGAGAUAGAGAGAGAGAGAGCCUUCUUCUCCUUGAACAUGAGUCAAGUGUUUGGGAUUUUUGCGUGUUUGUUGAUUGUGGCUAUAGAUGUUGCAGCUGGAAUUCUUGGAAUCAAAGCUGAUAUGGCUCAAAGCAAGGAAAAACAUUUGAGGCUAUGGAUAUUCGAGUGCAAAGAGCCAAGCCAUGAAGCUUAUCUUCUUGGUUUAGCAGCAUCGGGCCUUCUCUGUAUAGCCCAUGUCAUGGCAAACCUGGUUGGAGGUUGCAAAAUUUGCACAAAUGAGGACGUUCAAAAAACAUCCCCCAGUAGGCAGUUAUCAGUGGCUUGCCUCGUCUUGACAUGGAUAAUAAUGACGGUGGGUUUGUCGAUGCUAGUAAUUGGAACACUAUCGAACAGUAAAUCAAGAUCUUCCUGUGGUUUAACGCACCACCAUUUUCUGUCUAUUGGAGGGGUUUUGUGUAUGGUUCACAGCCUAUUUUCUGUUGGAUACUAUGUUACAGUCACUGCAGCACUUAGUGACUAGGCAAUGUGUAUUGUCACUUUUUUUUUUUUUUUUUAUUUAAACUUCAGUUAAUUAGCAUCUGAUCGUUUGUUGAUUGGAAUAUAUUUCUGUAGUAACUUUUAGCUAUGGAUAUUGUGGCAUCAUCGUAGAAAUUAAAUUAUGUGUUGCAAAAAAUAUAAUCUUUAUUAAUUAGUUGCGCA